CAAACCAUCGUCCAAAGAUUCGUCUCCUUUCCCAUUUGUGAGUGUUUGGGGGAAUACCCUACUCUCUUUUCUCAACUGAUAAAGAUCACUUGUUUUUUCCUCAGAUGAUAAGAUCGUUUCCCGUAGCAUCUUCUCUACUUUACCAACAAGUCUAUAAAGACGAUUAAAGAGAAGUGCAACUUACUGAUUAUACCCGUGCACAUAGAGAGAGACAGCGAGACAGAGAGAGAGAGAAAGGUAAGGCAAUAGUAGGAGGAAUACAUAGAAGCAGCUGGAACACAAAAUAUACGAGUGGAUUGCAGAGUUUUGAAGGAGGAAUACAUAGAAGCAGCUGGAACACAAAGUAUACGAGUGGAUUGCAGAGUUUUGAAGGUCCAUGCAUGGAUUGGUAGGGACUAGGGGGAAGCCAAAUGGGAGGAAGUAAAGAAAUAGCAGUGUUUCUCAUAUUCUUCUUCUACCUUCCUAUUUUCGCAAUCUCUUCCCCUCUUCAGACGGCCUUGCCCUCCUCUUCAGAUUCUUUGCAGGAAAGUCACUUGGGAGAAAAAAUUGUUCCUAGGCAUGGCAGCAAGUUUGGGCAUGCCUCCGGUCAUGCAAAUGGCCAUGGUGGUCAUGCAGAUGGUCAUGGUGAGAAUGGAAAUAAUGGUGGCUCCCAAUCACCUAAUGCACAAGGAGGUACAACUUUUAUCCCGGUAUAUGUAGCAGGUGCCGCCAAUAACCACCAUCAUCACCAUUGCUCUGCCAACUGCACCCGCAACUCCGACUCUGUAGGAGUUUCAAUCUUGGUUGCAGCCAUCUUGGACUCUCUUAUCGCUCAUUUGUAAUACUAAUACAAUAACUUAUGUCGCUUCUAACUUUCUAUUGUAAGCUUACUUCUUAUUAAAUGAUGCUUUGCUGUAAAUAUCGGUUACUCUGCAUUAUGUGUUGAAUUUGGUUAGUUUUUAUGCUUCAUGUGUUCAAAAGUAUGUAGUCAAAGUCUGACGCAUGCAUUAUUUGCAUUGGCGUCGUUUAGAUUAA